AUGUACCCCGAGUUGCCAGGCCUGGACCAAUUCAGCAGCCGGGCUUCGGGUAUCAAGAGCAGCAGCAAAUGUGAACGGGUACUGGAAGGAACCGCGCUAGGAGGUGAGGAAUACAAGCUGACUAUAACACUCUCCUCGGUAAGUGGCCGCCUGCAUUUGCGGGUCGGUGACACUUUUCUCUUGCUUUCAUUGCCCUCGAGGUCGCCUCUGCUCGGUGACAAUCUUACCACUUCUCGGUUUUCAGUUCGCGCCAGCCAGCAGCACUCGGCCAGACUCACAGUCGCCUGGCUCGUCUUUAGGCUUGCAGCCAAAGAAAAGUGA